GUGUCCACUGCAACAUGGCCGCCACCACAGAGUGUGGAGCCGAUGUAAAUACUUCAGAAAACAUGUCUGUGAAGAAAUCUCUGUCUGCAGCUUCUCCUCUCGCUCUGCGAAUCGUUGCCGAGUGCCCAGUGACUAAAGCAAGAGCUUGCGAUCUGAUACUGCCACACUGUGCCGUCAGCACGCCGGUGUUCAUGCCUGUCGGUACUCAGGGGACUCUGAAAGGGAUCACUGUGGAUCAGCUUGAGGGUCUUGGCUGUCAGAUUUGUCUUGGAAACACAUACCACCUGGGCAUGAGACCGGGGCCUGAUUUAAUCGAGAAAGCCAAUGGUUUACAUGGGUUCAUGAACUGGAAGAGGAAUCUCUUAACUGACAGCGGGGGGUUUCAGAUGGUGUCUCUUGUUGCGCUCUCGGACGUCACGGAGGAAGGCGUGAAGUUCAAGUCCCCCUAUGAUGGCGAAGAGAUCCUCUUAAGCCCUGAGAAGUCCAUCAGCAUACAGAACAGUCUGGGGUCGGACAUCAUGAUGCAGCUGGACGAUGUGGUCAGCAGUACCGUGUCAGGACCUCGGGUGGAGGAGGCCAUGCAUCGAUCCAUUCGCUGGCUGGACCGCUGCAUUGCAGCCAAUAAAAAUCCAGACAAACAGAACCUUUUUGCCAUCAUCCAGGGAGGGCUGAAUGCAGAGCUGCGCCAGGCCUGUCUAGAUGAAAUGACUCAACGCGAUGUUACCGGUUUUGCCAUUGGCGGCCUGAGUGGAGGAGAGGAGAAGAAUGACUUCUGGCGGAUGGUCACCCUGAGCACCGACCACCUGCCGCGAGAAAAGCCUCGAUACCUCAUGGGUGUGGGGUACGCCGUGGAUUUGGUGGUGUGUGUUGCUCUGGGAUGCGAUAUGUUCGACUGCGUGUUCCCCACCCGAACUGCAAGGUUUGGCUCUGCCUUGGUUCCUUGGGGAUCUCUCCAGGUAAAACACAAGCAGUACGCCAAGGACUUCCAGCCCAUAGACCCAGACUGUCCGUGUCCCACGUGCAAGAGGUAAGUCAAGAACAGACUAAAACUAUCCUACUAGCCUAGGGUUUGCUCACAUGAUAAGUCUUGUUGUUUUUUCAAAGCAUUUUUUAGUGCACAAGAAGACCCUAUUUGACUUGUUUGGCCAAAAGACAAUUACCUCUCUUUGGUAUAAAGGAGGGAUGUGUUGGCGGUACAAUACUUUUUAAUUCAUGUUUCAUGUAUUUUUUAAUGAUGUAAAUUCUCUGCAAUAAAACUAGGGCUGCACAAUAAUCCAAUAUGGCC